CAGUGGAACCCCAAAACCCCUGACGUUGAUCGUUCCCCAUUCCUUGCCCACCCCUAAACCCUCGCUUUUCCCCGCCUUGCCCACCAAGAUGCUCCGCCGCGCCGCCCCCACCGCGGCCGCCCUCUGCCGCCGCGCGCUCUCCACCUCGCCAUCCCCCUCCUCUGCCGCAUCCACCGCGGCGGCCUCCUCCUCCGCCGUGAACUCCAUCAUCCUCCGCUCCCUCAAGGAGCACUACCUGGAAGUCUCCAAGAUGGAGCCGCCCCCCAAGAUCAGCCCUCCCAAGCCCUACACCAUCGUGAAGGGCGCCCUGGACCGUCCUUCGGGCCCCGUGCUGCGCCGCGAGUACGGCAACGCCGGCGAGGAGAUCUCCAUCUCCGUCGCCAGGCUCGCCAACAUCAUGCCCCCCGGCGCCGACUCCGACUCCGACAGCACCGGCGGAGGAGGCGGGAUGAGCGAGUCCAUCAGCCAGCUAUUCCUCCACGUCGACAUCUCCAGGCCCGGGAGCGGCAAGUCGCUGCAAUUCCUGUGCGGGCUGUACCCGGACGCCGUCGGGAUCCAUUCGGUCUGCCUUCGGUCCAAGAAUGCCGAGUCGUGGGAGGGGGAUAUGGCUUCGAAGGGUGGUGGAGAAUACCGAGGGCGCAUCUUCCAAGAAUUGGAUGAGAAGGUGCGCGACGCAUUCCAUCUUUACAUUGAAGCCCGUGGCAUAAAUGAGAAGCUCUUCCGUUUUCUACAAGCUUGGCUUUAUGUAAAGGAUCACCGCAACCUUAUACGCUGGUUCAAGAGUGUGGGUUCAUUCAUCAAUGAGCCUAAGCCAGAGUAAGAGGUCAAGAACGCCAUGCUUAAGAUUUUGCGGUUGAAGAAAGGUUUUUGCCAGGAUGGAGAAUAGUGCUGGGACAAAGUAUCGAGGAGUUUUUUAUUCUCUUUAAUUUCCUUGUUCCCUGGGGGAAUUAGAGGAUGAUAAUAUCACUGGUGUGCUUAACGGGUUGGGUGGUGGGUUGCAUGAGUUGUCAUUAUUCCUUGUGAUUUGCCGCCCUAUCUUGCUUAGGUGGUUAUCAGAUUCUCAAUUAUUCAAACUCCGCACAUGCCCAUCGCAAUAUAGUUUUGUCCCGCAAAGACGGACGUGUACUUUAUCUUUUUUUGACAUCACUCGUGUACAAUUGAGUUAUCCAUUUUUCUUCCAUACUCGGUAAUUGGACUCCUCUUGUAUCAUGUAUGUCGUCGUUGUGACUUUCAAGUGACAAGAUCAUAAGAGUGUCCUCUAUAUGUCGUCGUUUUGGUGCCAUGUAGCUUUGCCUCUUGUAUGACAUUCUAUUAAAACUUUGGAUGACUUUCUAUGAGAAUGGGACUAUGUCAUA